CAGUAUUAUUGUCUUCGCCCGGUGAGGGCAUCGGUCUCUCUAAAAUGACCCCUUCUGUUCAAUUACACCCAAGGAGGCCUGGAAAUGGAUCCUUAUCUCAGAACCCUCUUCCUCAAGUCAUACAAACACCUUCCGGCUUGGCGAUCUUAGAGCUUCAAGGUAUUAUCAAUCUCCCCGACACCCCUGAAAGCAAUGGGGAUAAUUCACAAAAAUUGAAUAUCGGGCGCCUCAUAUUUCCGGACUAUCACCCCGAGACACAAGACCCUUCUAGCACUUCUUGGAUGAAACGAGUCCAUCUUUACGUGGGCGAGCAUCAAAGACUCACCGGGGAAGUCAAGAAACUACCGAAAGCCAUGGCCAUCAUUAGAAAACGGACUAAGCCCGAGGGCGACAUCGAUAUGACUGAAGGAGAAUCUGAGUCUAAGGCGGAGGACCUAGAGGUGGUCGAGAUUGUAAAAUACAAGCUCGUAUUUUCUUCACGUCCAGAGCCUGUGGGAACCGGAUGAACUAUCGCCAGCAUUCGGUGAUAAGACCUUUAUCCGGAUCAAAUCUUUUAUGGCUCGGCCUGGAUACGCGAAGGUCUGGCUAUGAUAUAUACGGCGCUGAGCUUAUGCACUUUAUCACGUCAAAUUCGCAUGUAUGCCAAUUGGUGACCAGGAUUGAAGGGUCGCGUAACCAAAAUAGAGAUAUUGAAGUCCUGGAGUUCACAAGCGAGGCUAGAGAUUGGUGUACAACCCGAAGGAAGACGAGCUUAUCACCAGUAGCAACUUGUCUUAUUAGGGCGUAAAAUGGUGCGACGCUGCGUAACGACCAGCCACGGUGAUCUGCCUUGAGUGGACAUGGCUCAAGGAAUAGUUGAGGGGCAGUUAAGAGAUAUACUUUCGAUAUGUUUAGAGUGUAUCUUAUGUAAUUUGGGGGGUGGGUGAAGUGACAUAGUGGAGGAAGUGGCUGCAGCGAAAACUACAUUCAUGUGUAUGGACUAGCCGGCCAUGGACGAGGAUACCUAGGUACCUUCGGCAUUAAUGUUUCACAGCGCCGGAUACCCGCUGUGCUGGGGUUAGGUGUCCAAUCUUCGGAUGUCUUCACCGUUCUUGUUUUCCACUCAAAGUGACAAUAUACAUAGCCAUUCAAGAUUUAGAGUAGGCAAAACAAAUCGCAUUUAACCCUCGAUACGUCAAAGAUGUGAGAAGGCAUUAUAAAAACCAGAAAUCUUUCAUUUUUGCUGAAAUAGUUCUUUCAGGAACCGACGUUCGUAC